UUAGAUAACGUUCCAGCAUUGUAGGAUUUGCUGGGGUGUAUUAUAUUAUUUCUUGUUGAAGGUAUCAAGCGGUUGAGUAUUUUGCAUUGUAUUAUUUUGUGUUUUACUCCUAUUGAGUCGGUCAGACAGUGGCAGGAAGCCCUGUGGGCCACAACUCGGGGGCCGGAGAGCCAUAGGUUUCAUAGUCAUCCUCCGUCUAUCACUAUAUCUUUUGUUGCCUAUUCCUAAAUACAAGGUGCAUGUAGUGUUACUGUACUGCAGUCUAUUAUUUUCUGUUGUCAUCCAUUUCAGACUGGCUAGAGACUAUCUGUAAUUUUUAUUUUUUAUUUUAUGAGAUGACUUAUAGGAAGACCAGAAUAUUUUCUGCCCCCUUUAUCACUACUUUGUGUCACAUAUCUUCUUUGAUGAGACCUUCCUGAAACGCUUAGCACCUUGACUGAGUGCAGCUCUGGAGUAUAAUAUAGAUGAAAUUAGAGUGCUGCCCCUGUACAACAUGCCAGCUGUAGGUUUAGUGGCUUCUUCAGGAUGAGGAAAAGGUUGCCUUCUAGUAAAUGGCAUUUGUAGAAUAUGGUUUAUGAGCUCUUGGUAUAAAUUGUGAACAGGUUCUGACGAUACUGACGUCCAUUCAUACUGUAUGAUCUACAGUAAUUUCCUAGCCCAUAAAAUUGGCACCAGCUGGGUUUAAAUUUAGAAACAACUUAUGUACCGUAAUUCAUAGCAUUGUAAUCCCGGGGGAGCGUCGAGCUGGAACAAGGCUCAUAUUAUACCUUCCAAUGUAAACAAAGGUCAGCUGAGGAUUUUCAUAUAUUGCCUCAGUGCCGACAGUGUAACUCUCAGCAAUUACAUUUUUCAUUUACAAGGCUGCAGUCGUAUCAGCCCCCCCCCCCCCCCCCCCCCCUUCCCGCACCAUCUUCUGACCCUGACAGUGCGAGGCCUGUUUAAUCUGUGUUUUUAUACUCUUGAUACUUGGUUUAGUUUAUUUCAACGGGAGCUGCCUAGCUUUCAAAUGAAGGAUACAAGUUAGGUUUUGUGCAACCUAGAUAGAAGAGAGAUUGUAAUGAAGUAGAGCAAAGGUGAAUCACAUUGACUUGAAGCAUUAGAAGGGUGCAAAGACUCUACAGGAAACUUUAACGUCAAGAGCCCUCGCUUUUCUUACGAAUUCAAACUUGGAGCACAGGCGAUUUCAUGGACAAUCUUUAAGUGUUUGUUACAGCUACAGUAGAAGCUUAGACGUAUCGUGGCCCUCAAGCCCUAGACAUCAUGGAGAACUUUUUCCAUCGGCACUUUAGCAAAUCCCAUCCAAUUGAAUCUGACAGGAGAAUGAGUCUGGCAGCAUCAAAAGUCAGGCGUAAGUCAGGAGCUGGUGGACCAUCUCUAGGACUUUUGGCACAGCGAAGGGUGUCUACCCAAGUAGGCAAGAAAAAUGUAGACAGUCGAAGGAAAUCCAGCACAGCACCUGUUAGGGUCAACCCACGGUUUGCUGUAAAGAACGUUCAAAAACAUACAUUAAAGUCUGUGAAGAUUCAGAAUGUCGAAGAACUGCUUUGGGACAUAUGGAUGGACUGUAAGUUACUUAAUCAGACAAGUCAACAACCCAGUGAUCAGGAGGAAGAAGAAGAUAAUUACACUUCUACCAGCAGCAGUUCUGAAGGUGAAGUUGGUUCCUAUGGAGUCUCAAGGAAAGCCAUUUCCCGAUCUGGUCUUCAGCACCUGGCUCCAGUGCACUGCCCCACCUUGACCAUCUCCAAUGGACCCCUAAAAGAACCUCGUACCAGCCUGGAUUGGACUGAGAACGCAGUGAACGGGGAGCACCUUUGGCAAGAGACUAAUGUAUCAGGAGACCUGUGUUAUCUGGGGGAAGAGAACUGCCAAGUCAAGUUUUCCAAAUCAGCCGUACGGAGAAAGUGCGCAGCAUGUAAAAUUGUGGUUCACGUCGCUUGUAUGGAUCAGCUAGAGAAGAUUAAUUUUAGGUGUAAACCAACAUUUCGUGAUGUGACCUCUCGAGCUCCAAGAGAGGUCAGACAUUUUUCUUGUUGUUCUAACCAGCAGAAUUUUGUGAGGCAUCACUGGGUACAUCGACGACGGCAAGAAGGAAAAUGCAAGCAUUGCGGGAAGGGUUUUCAGCAGAAGUUCUCAUUCCACAGUAAGGAAAUUGUUGCUAUCAGCUGCUCAUGGUGCAAGCAGGCGUUUCACAACAAGGUCACCUGCUUCCUGUUACAUCACAUUGAGGAGCCCUGCUCCCUCGGAGCCCAUGCUGCUGUCAUAGUCCCUCCAAGCUGGAUCAUUAAGGUGAAGAAACCUCAGGUUAAUGCAAAAAACUCCAGUCGGCGGAAGAAGAGAACAUCGUUCAAGAGGAAAGCCAGCAAAAAAGGCUUUGAGGAUAUCAAAGGCCGGGCCUUUGUGAUAAAACCCAUAUCUUCCCCCCUCAUGAAACCUUUGCUGGUCUUUGUGAAUCCAAAAAGUGGUGGAAACCAGGGUACAAAAGUGCUGCAGAUGUUCAUGUGGUUCCUGAAUCCACGGCAGGUCUUUGAUCUUUCUCAGGAAGGACCACGGGAAGCACUGGAGUUGUAUAGAAAAGUGCCAAAUCUACGAAUUCUUGCCUGUGGUGGCGAUGGGACGGUAGGCUGGAUCCUUUCUGUCUUGGAUGAGCUGCAGCUCAACCCUCAGCCUCCUGUAGCUGUUCUUCCGCUUGGUACUGGGAAUGACCUCGCUCGUACUCUUAAUUGGGGAGGGGGUUACACAGAUGAACCUGUCUCCAAGAUCCUCUGCCAUGUAGAAGAUGGUACCAUUGUGCAGUUGGACCGAUGGAAUCUACAUGUGGAGAAGAAUCCUGAUCUACUCCAUGAGGAGCUGGAUGAUGGGACACAUAAGCUUCCACUAAACGUAUUCAAUAAUUACUUCAGCCUGGGAUUUGAUGCACACGUGACCUUGGAGUUUCAUGAGUCUAGAGAAGCAAAUCCAGAGAAAUUCAACAGUCGCUUUCGCAACAAGAUGUUCUAUGCAGGGGCUGCCUUCUCCGACUUUUUACAGAGGAGCUCUAGAGAUUUAUCCAAACAUGUGAAAGUUGUGUGUGAUGGAACGGACCUCACCCCCAAGAUCCAAGAACUGAAGUUUCAGUGUAUUGUCUUCUUAAAUAUCCCAAGGUACUGUGCUGGCACAAUGCCCUGGGGAAACCCCAGUGACCAUAGAGACUUUGAACCUCAGCGGCAUGACGAUGGUUAUAUCGAGGUCAUUGGCUUUACUAUGGCGUCUCUGGCUGCCCUGCAGGUAGGUGGCCACGGAGAGAGGCUUCACCAGUGCAGGGAAGUGACUCUAUUGACGUACAAGGCCAUCCCCAUGCAGGUAGAUGGUGAACCCUGCCGCCUUGCCCCUUCCCUCAUUCGUAUAUCCUUAAGGAACCAAGCAAAUAUGGUACAGAAGAGCAAGAGGAGAACAUCAAUGCCCUUACUUAAUGAUGUCCAUAAAGUGCCCACCGCUGACCACCGACGCGUCUCUGCUCCCCCAGACUCCUUCACUGUCCCACAUUCAGUGCCCGACCGGCUACGUAUCCGAGUCAACCGAAUCCGCCUACAGGUGUACGAGGGGCUGCAUUUCGACAAGGACAAACUGCGGGAAGCUUCCAUUCCUCUAGGGAUAAUUGUGGUACGAGGAGACUGUGACUUGGAGACCUGCCGGAUGUAUAUUGACCGCCUUCAAGAGGAUCUUCAUUCUGUAGCUGCUCAUAGAGAUCACUGCCAGGAUAAUGAGAGCUCUUUACCAAGGUUGCUGUCUGCCCAGCGUCUCAAUCCUCGAUGGUGCUUCCUAGAUGCUACCUCUGCUGACCGGUUUUAUCGUAUAGAUAGAUCUCAGGAACAUCUACAUUUCGUCACUGAGAUUUCCCAGGAUGAGAUCUUCAUAUUAGACCCUGAGGCAGGUGGGAGUCCACAGGGUAGUGCCGGGACAGGGAUGCCAGAUCUUGUGGUCGAACAGCCCUCGGGGUUGUCUGAGUGGUGGACGCCAACGUGUCGGAAACGUAUUGUCAGUGACAGCUGCGUGCCAGGGAAGUUGUCUCUACAGAACAUGCUCUCAGACAAGACCCAGGAUUCCUCUCCUUCUAGUGCCCUCCCAUCCCCAGUAUCAGCAGAAGAACAAGCUCUGGUACAUGCAGUGCUUGAUGGUGAUCUUGAAAAGGUCACUGAGUGCCGCGAGAAAGGAGCCAGUUUACGGAUCCAGGGGCCCGAGCGCUGUUCUUUGUUACACCUGGCAGCAAGGGCCGGGCACUCGGAGAUCGUCUCGUACAUCCUGGAGAACGGACCUGAGGAUCUUUUCGACAUGGUAGACAGAACCACAGGUGAGACAGCGUUGCACAAAGCUGCUUUCCAGGGACACAGGCUAGUUUGCCGAAUUCUUGUGGAUGCUGGUGCCUGUUUGUUGAAAAGGAAUUCCAAGGGACAAACCGCUCUAGACAUAGCCCAAGAAGCAGAAGACUCAGAACUUGCAUCUUACUUGGAAACUUGUCAAGCAAAGCAGCUUCUUUCCAAUGAAGACCUGGAGACCGCAGUUUGAUAAGGACAGCAAAUGGCAGAAAUCAAUUUGGAAAGAGAAGAGACACACGUAGCUAAAAGGUUCCUGGAAAAGGUCACCCCCAACCCAGGAGGAGGAAACUGGUCGGAAGAGGCACCCCCUUCCUCAUGCAAGAUUUCCAGUGUAGGGUGCACUUUCCAGUUUCGUAAGGGCUAACGAGACUUGCCACGGAACUGCCACUCACUUGACAUGUUAAGCAAUGACGAAAGCCAGGAAAAGGAAGGCAGAGGUGGGGCAGAGCCCUCGCCACAUGUGGAACUCUCUCUCUUUCUGUGUGUAUUCCAACAAGACGCAUGAUCCCGUCCGUUGUCCUAUCUUCUCACUUUGGUCUGAUCUCUCCCAUCCCGGCAGACAGAAAGACUUAGAGCCGGCACAGUGUUAUCAAUCUCACAGCUCUUUUUUUCAUUUUCAUAUUAUUAUUUUUUUUGUAUUAGCAGGAGCCAACUCAUUAAAAAAAGAGACUGGAAUCUAUUACCAAUGAGUGUGGUUACCAUCGGGGCAGAAGCAUAAAUCAUAAUUUAUUCAUGCUGCGGAAAGUCAACCUAUUAAUAUAUUAUUAUUUUUUUUAUGAGAAGACCACAUGACCUAAAAUACAGUAUAAUACCACACGAAAAGACAUCCUGUCGCAUUCACAAAUAUAUAGAUAUAUAUGUAUCAGCGCUCAUAUACCAUGACAUAACCUGUGACGUUUGAUUUGUAACAUUAUUACAUAGAUCGUUGCAAACUACUGUUCUCUGUCAAACAUUUUAGGUUAAUAAAGUUCAA